AUAUGAUUUAUUAUUAAACGAAAAAAAAUAAAAAUAAAUAAGAACUAGAAAAAUAGGAAUGCAAUGGGAUGGGAAAUAAUAUCGGGGAUAAUUUGGUCAACUCAAAUGAGUGACGAACUUUCUCAUCGACCAGAGUACGUCACUGUCCAAUGGCUCUUUCCGUAAAAACAGUGGGAUUUCGAGGUCGGUUUUUUAAUGUGGGGUGGAUAAAAUAGGAAGAGGAGAUGACGAUCAGAUUCAGAUGUGGAUUGUGGAUGUGGAGUGGAGAAACACCGGCUGUUUGUUGGGUGUUACUAAGUAGUCUACUUUACUUUAUUUUACUACUUCCUUGCAAUUACUGUUCUCCAACUCAAAACUCUUAAUGUGAAUUCCCCCAAUUUCUGAACACAUAUAAUAUAUUUUUCAAAAAAUUAGAUUAAAAUAAUACACAAAAUCAGGACCUCCAUAGCCAGAAAGCUUAAAAUUCAUAGUUGGUCUGUCGCGUCUCACUGGCACACAUCUGUUUUCUGUUUGCCAAUUUUAUUUUCUUGAAACAAAGCCCAAGAGAGAUUCUAACCUCAAUAACUUGAUUGGUUCGACUUGUGAAAUUGUACUGUAUUUAUACACAAGUAAUUCUAUUUAUACAUCUAAGUGAAAGAGUGGACUUCAAUGAGUCUUUUAUACAGUCCGAAUUUCAAGCGUUCAGAGGUGGAGAUGGGAAAGAACUACCCAGAAUUCAUGGAUUUGAGCUUCGACCAAAAUCAGGAAGAGAGCUCUACUUUAACGCGUUAUUGCUCAGCUCCGGGCUCCUUUCUGGCGACCCUUAUGGAAAACAGUGGUAAUAAUGAUAACGAUGCUGCUGUUGAAGGUGGAUCUGAGGAGGAUUACCGUGAUUUGCGAUCCUCGAGUCCCGAAGUGGAGACCAUGUUAGAGAGAUUCAUUUCGGCUUGUAAUGGAUCUGACAACAUAGGAGAGAGAUCUUCAAUGAAGCAGGAGCCUAAGGACUACUCCAAAAACGGUUCUCAAGCUCCGCAAAUCCAUAGCAUACAUCGCCUUAAUUCAGUGGACUCUAAUUUGGAGAGUUCGUUCGGUGUUUUCAACUCUAAGGGACUGGUAAAUUCGCUUCAACCUAAGAUGGGUCCUCCAAAUGAUGAUCGCUCAAAUCUUCUUCGGCAGAGUAGCUCUCCAGCUGGGUUCUUCUCCGCUCUAGCUUCUGAGAAUAGUUUUGAUGCGAUGAGAGGUGGCUCUAGAGUCGAUACUCAAUUGAAUUUCUCAUCCGGGUCAGCUUCAUGCUCAAGGCGUAUGCCUCAGAUUUCUGAGAAUGGGAGUGAUGAAGUGGGAAUUGAAAAUGGUGGUGAGUACCUCCCAAGUUUCCCAACGGAUUCUUGGGAUGAAUCAGCAUUCAGUGGCCUCAAAAGGUCCAGAGAUCACAAUGAUGUGAAGAUUUUUUCUACUUCAAGUGACUUUGAAAUGGAGAGCACAGACUUUGGAAACUGCAGCCGUGGUUUGACACAUCAUUUGAGCUUGCCAAAGAAUUUUGAGAUGGCUCCUAGAGAAAAGGUUUUGCAUUUUCAGGGUUCUGUUCCUUGCAAAAUGCGAGCCAAGAGGGGCUACGCUACUCAUCCGCGAAGCAUUGCAGAGAGGAAUAGAAGAACUCGGAUUAGUGAAAGAAUCAGAAGAUUGCAGGAUCUAUGCCCAAAUAUGGAUAAGCAAACAAACACAGCAGAUAUGCUAGAGUUGGUGGUUGACUACAUUAAAGACCUGCAGAAAGAGGUUAAGACACUUUCAGACACAAAGGCCAAGUGUUCAUGUUUAAGCAAAAACAGGAAGUCAUCAAGUCCUUCUGCAUGAUUUGCUCCUGUACAGAGCCGGAACAAUAAUAAAUAAUGAAGAUACUAUUGGCGCGGAGAAAGGAAUUAGUAAGUUGCCAGCUAGGUAUAGAUUGCUUGGGGUCGCUCCUUGUAAAAAUUAUUCCAUGAAAAGAAUAGGAAAUUCGUAAAAAGAACGGAGAGUUUCUUUGUGUUUUCCUGGAGGAUUUCAUGAUAUAAACUAUUAUAUAGCUAGUUCGGUUGAACUAUUUGUUCACAUUGCUUCCCCGACAAUUACAUAAUUCUACUAGCCAAGUUUUUGUUCUUGUUUAUAACUCCCAACCUUAGUUCAAAUAUCAGCCUCGUUGCGAUGUUCAGUUGUAAGAGAAAAUAAAUCAUGCCAAAGAAUUUACUUUCUGUAUUGGUUACAGAUUGGUUUACAUGAUAUUCUAUUGUAAAAUGAUAAUAAAUUUUGUAUGCAUAAUUAGAAGUAUUUGUAAUGGAGAAUAUUUCUUAACCUGUGAAUAUCUCCCCAAAAAUAUCUUAAUUAUUUCCUUAAUUAGAAGGUUUUCUAGUUGAAUAA